CCGAUCAAACGUUCGAAGAUCCUARGGUUUGCAGGAAACAGUAGUUGACUUCUAAAUGCAUUGGAAUGGCUAAAACCUAUGAUUUUCUCUUCAAACUGCUCUUGAUUGGCGACUCGGGAGUGGGGAAGACAUGUGUACUAUUCCGAUUCUCCGAAGACGCCUUCAAUUCGACGUUUAUCUCGACUAUAGGUAUUGAUUUUAAAAUCCGUACUAUCGAGUUGGACGGGAAAAAAAUUAAACUUCAGAUAUGGGACACAGCUGGACAGGAGCGAUUCCGAACCAUUACUACUGCAUACUACAGGGGUGCUAUGGGAAUAAUGCUGGUAUACGACAUAACUAAUGAUAAAUCUUUUGAAAAUAUUAAAAAUUGGAUUAGAAAUAUUGAAGAGCAUGCUUCACAAGAUGUGGAAAAAAUGGUUUUGGGUAACAAAUGUGAUAUGGACGACAGACGGCAGGUAUCAAAAGAACGAGGAGAACAAUUGGCGGUAGAAUAUGGUAUUAAAUUCAUGGAAACAAGUGCAAAAUCAAGUAUUAAUGUAGAAGAGGCAUUUUUUACAUUAGCUAGAGAUAUUAAAGUCAAAAUGGACAAAAAGUUGGAGCAAUCAAGUCCUCAAUCGACGGGAGCCGUCAAAGUCACCCAACAUCGAGAGCAAAAACGUAAUUUCUUCCGGAGCUGUUCACUACUGUGAUGCGUAGGCUUUGAGUACAUAACUUAAUACUGGUUUUACUAGUACUGGUCUGUAUAGAUGGCUGGUAAGUAUACUGGAGCCGAUGUCACCAGUGUCAUCGCUUAAUUCGAGUUUAGUGGUAGCAUCCGAGUACUACACGAUAUGAGAAAACUCCACUCUUAAUGAUUCCUGAAAAAAAGUGAAAAUGGUAUGUUCUUAUUAAUAUGCUGUACUAAAGCUGAUAUGAUUUAUUUUAAGAUAUGAUUAGCUAGAAAAGUUUUGUAAAAAAAUGUAAUGGCUACAAAAAGUAGACUAAGUUAAUCUCUGUUUUACCAUUUCAGACCAUUUGUUUUUCCUUUAAGUAAUAUUUCUUUUGUUUGAAUAACAUACCUUAAUUGCAAUGAUAGGAAGUCCCUUAUACACCUAUUUCGAAAAUUGUUGUCGCACCAAGAGCCUCAAGUAGCAAGCAAAGGCUCCAGAGGACGUCAGUACUUUUAAUUAUAAUUGAUUUAUUCAUGGCUCAUGCAAGUGGCUAUAGCUCUCCACUAACUAUCAUCUCAAGCAGCCUUGCUUGGAGCAAUUUGUGAAGUCAAUAAAUGAAAAUGCACCAUGAAUAAACUAAUUACAGUUAAAAGUAUCGGCGUUCUCUGCGGUCUUGKCUUGUUGCUUGAGGCUUUUGGUCUGACAACGAUUUCUGAAAUAGGUGUAUAUUCCCAAAUAAAUUAAUGCAGAUGAAUUUGGAGAAUAGUACAUGUAAUAGUGUACUGUAAUACAUGUGGUAGUGUAACUGAGUAGAGUUUGUUAGGUCUCUCCCUUGACUUAUAGUCUUUUCUCCUGACAGGCUCUUAGAUUUUUCUCUCUCCACAAAAUUCAACAUGAUAAACUGUGCCGUGACUUAGAUCAAACACCUAGUUGUUGGAUCAAGGUGUCAAUCACAUUUUGUAAGGGGUCGAUAUAAUAUGAAUGCAAAAGGUAGAAUAUUGUUUUCAAAAAGAUGGCAUGUGGUCUGAAAUGAAAAUAAAUAAAUAGAUAGGUCUAUUAUAUAAAGUCAUAUGCUAGAUUGUCAUGUUGGAGAAUUCUUCAACCGAUACAGCUAAACACCAGAUAAAAUCAUUGCCUUAAAUCAGGGCUAAAAAUAUGUUGACCACCCAUCAGUUUUAGCUAAAUUUCUCUGGACAAGUUCCAAUUCUGGACAGAGAUUGUACAAUGACGCGCCAUUGUUUUUAGCCCUGUGCUUUACUUGCUAGAGUGCAAACCAUAUGUUCGCGUAAUAACGCAAAAACUAAAUAGCACUAAACACAUCUAUUUCUUUCUUUUUUGAUUGUUUCAUUGGAGCUAAUUUUGUACUGAUUAUAGUUACUACUAUUUCACAGAUAUAAAACACUUUUUGUCAUGGGUUUAUGAAAACUAUUCCAUAUGGUUUGCCCUCUGUCUCUUUACUCUUUCAUUAUUUACUUCAAUUUGUGUAUUUUGUAAAAAUAAAAGCCUAAUUAGCCAUUCCAAGGUCGAGAGAAAAAAAUGAGUGAAGUCGGCAGUGUGUAUUUCCAAAAUGGUGUGUAUUUCGUUCUCUAUAACAGCCUCAUAAUGCAAUGCUACCUUGACCCAACUUUUUACCCUCAACCUUGAAAUGGAUAAUACGCACUAAAGGAUUUUUUAGAGCACUUAUCUUGCUGUCUCUUUGCAACCUUGAAACUAACAAGCGUCUAAAUAAAAAUAUUCAAUAAAAAACGGUUUUGCCUUCUAUAAAUUAUACCCCUAGCUAUUGCAGCAUGUCAGAAUGCAGAUCAGUUUGGAGACGUGCAAAACAAAAGGUUUCCAAUUCUAAGGAAAUUGAAAUUCUUUUGUUUCGUCGUCCAAAUUGCAAGGGGUCUAUUCUUCAAACAGUUACCAUUAAAAUGACAAUGACAAUGAAUCUAAAUUUAUUACCAGUCUUUCUAGAAUGGUUUUACUUUUAACAGUAAUUAUUACACAUUAAAAUAAUAAAUGAAAAAUGGUAAAAACUACUCAAAACACUGGAAAAAAAGAGCAUGCUUGUCCGGAGUUGUUUAGAAAUGCAAARAGUGCUCUAAAGAAUUCAAAGCAGAACUGAAUGAUAACUUGAGAAUGAAGUCCCCUUCAAAGUCUCUGGCACCAUCCUGAAAGGAAGCCAAGCCUUCAUAUUGAAGCAAGACGAAGAGUGAGCUUGCAAUGCAUACCUUUCUUGACACCUUGGACAAUUAUUAUUUACAUGUCUCUGUCAUUUCAAGCUCAUCACUAUUCGUCUACCUUCAUUGCAAAGGCAUGGCUACUUUUCAAAACGGUGGAGGGAACUGUGAAAGGGACUAUUAUGGAAUAACCGCCCUACUUAAAAUAAAGCUUAUUUUUUAUGAGCUCAAACUUAAGCUUAAUAACGUAAAAUUAUUAGACAGUACUGUUAAUUUGUACAGGCUAUAUAUAUGAUUGCUGAGCUUCACUUUAUUGUUAGGUUUCACUUGACAUCAUUCCCUGUUUUGUGCGAAUAUAAUUGUUCAUCAGCUGAAUUGCAAGUUUUCAAUAAAAUUCUUUCUGGUUGAAUUGGCAGCACAUGGUGGUCAUGCAAUAUUUGACCACCAUUUGAUCAUGCAGAUAAUGAGAUUCAAAUACUCUUUUCAGCUGAUGGAAAUCCAGCAACACACACCUGGUUCCAUAGCCUGCGUGCCUCCGAACGUUUACUCUUAACACACGACAGAAAUUUCUGGAUGCAGCGCAGGCUACUGGUUCCAUAGGUUUUCUUCUUUCUUAAUGGGUAUAUAAAUUAUUCCAAGUGGCCAGAGAAGCGAGGCCAAGCUGAGCUUUAUAUAAACCUUGUUCUAAAUAAUAAUGCAACUGAUCUGUACUUUUUUGUUUAAGAUAUUAGUACUUUUAAUCAAGUUAUUGUCAAGAAUAAAAGCCACACAAAUAGAGGCUA